AUGCCGGACACCCGCCUGUGGCCAGGAGGAGCUGCCUUCUCCACGGCAGGCGCCUACCACACCAUGAAAUCCUCUAGCGUCGUGCUCCCGCUCGCCGACUGCAACUGGUCAAACUUCGUGCCACUCAAAGUCCAGGCCUUCUUCUGGAUUUCCUGGUCCCUGCCAUCCGUGCAGCGUGGCCACCACCGGAGCUUCGCGCCGGUCUACGUCGACGAGCUCUACAGCCAGCCCAAGGGCCUCAUCGUCGUGCGCGAGGAGGAGCCGCAGCCCAACACCAGCAAGCUCGCACGUGACACUGACCGUACCGGCGGCGGCGUCAACAAGACACACGUGCAUGGCCAUGGCGCCGGCGCCGCGGCCGCUACCACUACUGGUGGUGGCAGCAAGGCGCGUGCUGGGGGUAGGAGCGCCGGCGUGAGGGGUUGCUUGCUGAGCCCGGGCAGAGGGGGUUGUGGGAUGGGGGAGGUGGAUGUGGAUGUGAGGGCAGAGAUGUUCAUCAUGAAGUUCAGGGAGGAGAUGUGGUUGCAGAGCCAGAGGUCGGACGAGGAAUUCCAGGCCAUGCUUGCAAGAGGCCUAUGACAUCCAUGAUCCAUCCAUCAGAAAAACAAUUGAUCUUCUCAUGGAUGUAGUUAAUUUACCACGAGAGGAUGCCUAGAUUAGCUACUCUGUAUUUAGUUUGGUUUGGUUUGCGGUUUGUAAAAGAGUUGAUAGGGCCCUAGAAGCAUAUUUCGU